AUGGGUAACUCUUAGAGGAAGUCUGACUAUGGGGACAUUGCAAUAAGAACAGAAUAGCCUUUUUAUUUUGCAGGUGACUUGGCUAGAGGUAAUAUAUAUUUGAACAUUUGCAAAACAGGCUAUAAAGGAAAUAUCAUUGAAUUUACAAUUGUAGGAAAAGAGAAAACUGAAUGGGAUGAGGGAAGUGGUGACGAGCAAAGAACUUAUAGAGGGAAAAACAAAUUCUAUUCUUAAUCAAUUCCCAUUUACACAUUCUAAAAUUAAAUAGCUGAAAUUGGGUAAUAUGUUUUUCCUUUUCAAUUUUAACUACAUCCUUAAAUUCCUGGAUCGUUUGAUUAUAAAGGGCUUCAUGAUAGUGGCUAUAUAACCUACAAAGUUAAAGCAAAAUUUAAAUCAUCAGAACCAAAUAAACCAAGCAUUAGAAACAAAUAGGAAUUCCUAGUUAGAGAACCAAUUAAAUAAGAGGUGAUUGGGUAGCAGUAAGAAAGAAUGAAUAACAUUUAUGUUUGUUGUUGUAUUAAUAAAGGGACCUCGAGAGUAAAGAGUUUCUGUGAUAAGAAUCAUUAUCUGCAAGGAGAUACUGCUAAAUUGACUCUUGAGAUAGAUAAUUCGAAUUGCAAUUUGAACAUUGAAUAUUUUGAUAUUGAAUUGUUAAAAGAGUUGAUAUUAAGGGCAAAUGCUAAUUCACAUAAAUAUACACAAAGGAUACUAACUUAAAGAAUUCCAGGAAUUUAAGCUGGAUUUAAGCAAAUUGGAUCCGAAAGCAGAAUUAUUGAAAUAAUUCUGAUGAAUCAAAAAAGACCUUAACUUGUAUUAACUCCGACAACUAAUGGCAAAAUUGUGAAUCAAUAAUAUUAUCUAAAGAUUUCUCCUAAAUUUUAAGGUUGUAUUUGUUGUUCGGCAAUACCAGUUAUAUAGUUCUAGAUAGUAAUGUUGUAUCUAAUUCCGCCUGAUUACAUUUAACCACUUCAGUAACCCUCUGAUUGGAAUCCUUAAACAUUUGAUCCUGUUUUGAUAAAAUUUGAUCAGUAGCAUUAGAUGAACAUUACAAAUAAUAUGUAAUAAAAUGGUCCUUUUAUGAAUAAAUAGUGAUUCAAGUUUAAAAUAAAUAAUUUAUAUGAUAAAAAUAGUUUAUACUCA